AUGUUUGUCGAAGAUGAUUCUUCAGUUAUAGCUGAUAAAACAACCUUUAUAACCCACACCGAUCAAAACGAUACAACCAAACUUUUCCAAACAAGUUAUACAGAAAAACCUACCGUUGUCUUCAAAAUCGAGGAAGCUCAACCACCUGAAGUACUUUCUUCAUCAGCCCCUUUGCCAGAAAAUUCAAACCUCCGCAGGGUGGUUGACAAUAUUUUUAAUACCAUGAAAACCAACAACCCAAAGUUUACCAACCCAAUGGUCGAAUCAACCUGAAAAAAAUACUUUGACACCCAAGAAUGCAAAGACAUAAUCGGGGAUAUGUUUUGAUAUUGUGUAAUAAAAGUCGAAAAAAGGAAAAAAUACGACACCUAUAAGAAACAACUGCUGGAAAGAAUUUCACAUAAUUAUAUCCAGCUUUUUGUAAAUGUUGAGCAUGAGGAUAAAGAAAUUUUCUUCGAAAAUUUCUAUGAUUGUAUUGCUCAGGCUGUGUUUUACAGCAUGUAUUUUGCAUACCCAAAGUCAAGAUCUAGGCUAAAUAGUGAAGAGUUUAAAAGGAGAAUUUAUGAGUAUGUGUCGUCAAAAUUAACAGGAAUUGCUGUAAGCAAUCAAGGCUAUAAAAAAUGGAUUUUAGAUCUAGGCGCUGGGAAUGUGCUAUCUAAUCAAGGCUCAAAGCAGCAAGAAGGACUUUAUAAUAUUCUGCUUCCUCCUAUUAGAAAAAAACAAACCAAAAGAAAAAUGCAGCAGCUAAGGUAUAGCCCUUUAGUUAAAAGGUAUUUAAGCACUAAAAGGUAUGAAGCAAUUAAUGCUAUUCCUGUAUGAAAUAUGAGGUAUACUUUGAGAAACCCAGAUAAGGAAAAAGAGCUUGAUAGAAAAUUUAGCUAUUAUAGGAAAAUGGCGAUUAGCUGUGAAAGAAAAGCUGUUGAAAAAGAUAAAGAAUUUCAAGAUUUCAGCUUCAGAGUUGAAGAAAAAAUUAAAGAAGACCACAGAGAGUAUUUAAAGCAAAUAAAAAUCCUUACUUCUCCCAUCUCUGAGCUUGGAAAAUCCUUAAUUUUUAGCUAAAAAACCAUCAUAAAAAGCAAAACUUUUUUGUUUUAUAAAAAAAUAUUUAAUAUAUAAGAAAUAAUGAUUAUAAUGAAAUCUCUAAUUCUGUUUAAUUUUUAACAGAUUGCAGUCCAAAGCAUGAAUUUUACAAAUAAAAAUUAAUUAUUCUUUCAACUUUAAUUUCAAAAAAAAUUAACCCCUCUGUAAAUGGAGGUGGAUUAAUGAACAUACUCAAAAAGUGUUGCAAGAAAAUGCUAAUGAGUAUGCAAAUAAACUUGUUGCUCAGUCUAAAAAAGAGAAAGAAGAGAAAACUAAAAGAAGUUCUUCGUUCAAAGAAAGAUAA